CGUCCAGUCAAGGAGGCGGCUUAGCCCGGGCCUCCCAGCCUCCAAGCUACCCGCCUGCUUCACAGACCUGACGGAAUCCGAAGGUGCUUGAUGCUCAAGAGUUGGUCUACUGGCAACCCUCAUCCUCCAUGAGCCUUGGUUCUGAUGCAACCUUUGGUCAUGCAGGGAUGCCCUUAUACCCUCCCACGAUGUCAUGAGUGGCGUGCUGCGGACAGGUUUCAUCACGGCAGCAGCCUCAGAAAUACCUGUCCCCAGCCUCAGGUUAGAGCUGCAGUCACCAUCCCUGUACCUCCUUGGGAUGGUGCUGGGGAUCCCUGCCUAAGUCCAAAGCUCUUGAACGGGUCUGUUGGAGCCAUUGGCCACCUGGAAUCAUCAGCCAUGAAUCUGUGUUGGAAUGAAAUAAAAAAGAAGUCCCACAACCUACGCGCUCGCCUAGAGGCCUUCUCAGACCACAGUGGGAAGCUUCAGCUCCCGCUCCAGGAGAUUAUUGACUGGCUCAGUCAAAAGGAUGAGGAGCUGUCAACUCAGCUGCCCCUACAAGGAGAUGUGACCCUGGUACAACAGGAGAAGGAGACCCACGCGGCCUUUAUGGAAGAGGUCAAGUCUAAGGGCCCCUAUAUCUACUCCGUGCUGGAAUCGGCUCAAGCUUUCCUGUCCCAGCACCCGUUUGAGGAAUUAGAGGAGCCAGAUUCUGAGAGUAAAGAUAACUCCCCCAGACAGCGAAUUCAGAAUCUUAGCCGCUUUGUGUGGAAGCAGGCAACAGUGGCUAGUGAGUUGUGGGAGAAGCUGACAGCCCGCUGUGUGGACCAGCAUCGCCACAUUGAGCACACUCUGGAACAUCUGUUGGAGAUUCAAGGCACAAUGGAGGAACUGAGCAGUACUCUGACCCAAGCAGAGGGAGUCCGAGCCACUUGGGAGCCCAUUGGGGAUCUCUUCAUUGAUUCCCUCCCAGACCAUAUCCAAGCCAUCAAGCUAUUCAAAGAAGAAUUCUCUCCUGUGAAAGAUGGAGUGAAGUUAGUGAAUGACUUGGCCCACCAGCUUGCCAUUUCUGAUGUGCACCUGUCAAUGGAGAACUCGAGGGCUCUGGAACAGAUCAACAUGCGGUGGAAACAGCUCCAGGCGUCAGUUGCUGAGAGGCUUAAGCAGCUCCAGGAUGCCCACCGGGACUUUGGGCCUGGGUCACAGCACUUCCUCUCGACUUCUGUCCAGGUUCCCUGGGAAAGAGCAAUUUCUCCCAAUAAAGUCCCCUACUACAUCAACCACCAGGCUCAGACCACGUGCUGGGAUCAUCCCAAGAUGACUGAGUUAUACCAAACUCUAGCUGAUCUGAACAACAUUAAGUUCUCAGCUUAUCGGACGGCCAUGAAGCUCCGCAGAGUCCAGAAGGCCCUGCGCCUGGAUCUGGUAACUUUGACUACAGCUCUGGAGGUCUUCAAUGAGCAUGAUCUGCAGGCCAGUGAACAUGUGAUGGACGUGGUGGAGGUCAUUCACUGCCUGACCGCCUUGUAUGAGCGACUGGAGGAGGAAAGGGGCAUCCUAGUCAACGUGCCACUGUGUGUGGACAUGAGCCUGAACUGGCUUCUCAAUGUUUUUGAUAGUGCUCGCAGUGGGAAGAUGAGAGCAUUGUCCUUUAAGACUGGCAUCGCGUGCCUGUGUGGCACCGAAGUGAAAGAAAAACUUCAAUACCUCUUCAGCCAAGUGGCCAAUUCAGGCAGCCAGUGUGACCAACGCCAUCUUGGUGCCCUGCUUCAUGAAGCCAUUCAAGUGCCCCGUCAGCUGGGCGAAGUGGCAGCGUUUGGGGGCAGCAACGUGGAGCCCAGUGUCCGUAGUUGCUUCCGUUUUAGCACUGGCAAGCCAGUCAUUGAAGCUUCCGAGUUCCUGGAGUGGGUCAACUUGGAGCCGCAGUCUAUGGUGUGGCUGGCCGUUCUGCACCGGGUCACCAUCGCUGAGCAAGUAAAGCAUCAGACCAAGUGCUCUAUCUGUAGGCAGUGCCCCAUCAAGGGGUUCAGGUACCGGAGUCUGAAACAGUUUAACGUGGAUAUCUGUCAGACCUGCUUCUUGACAGGCAGGGCCAGCAAAGGCAAUAAGCUCCACUAUCCCAUCAUGGAGUAUUACACGCCGACCACAUCCAGUGAAAACAUGAGGGACUUCGCCACGACCUUAAAGAAUAAAUUCCGCUCAAAGCAGUAUUUCAGCAAACACCCGCAGCGAGGCUAUCUGCCUGUGCAGUCAGUGCUGGAGACAGAGUGCAGUGAGACACCGGCUUCUUCCCCGAUGUUGCCACAUGCGGACACACACUCUCGAAUUGAGCAUUUCGCCAGCAGGCUUGCUGAGAUGGAAAGUCAAAAUUGUUCCUUUUUUAAUGACAGCCUGUCCCCGGAUGACAGCAUAGAUGAGGACCAGUACCUGUUGCGACACUCCAGCCCCAUCACAGACAGGGAGCCAGCCUUUGGACAGCAGGCUCCGUGUGGCAUGGGGACAGAAAGCAAAGGAGAGCUAGAGAAGAUCCUGGCCCAUUUAGAAGAUGAGAACCGGAUUCUCCAGGGAGAGCUGAGGCGCCUGAAGUGGCAACACGAAGAAGCAGCGGAGGCACCCACCCUGACUGAGGGCUCCAGUGAAGCAACUCCAGACCACCGCAAUGAGGAGCUCCUGGCUGAAGCCAGGAUCCUGCGGCAGCACAAGAGCCGCCUGGAAACACGCAUGCAGAUCCUUGAAGACCACAACAAGCAGCUGGAGUCUCAGCUGCAGCGCCUGAGGGAGCUGCUCUUGCAGCCACCUACUGAAUCAGAUGGCAAUGGCUCUGCAGGCUCAUCCCUGGCUUCCUCGCCACACCAGUCAGAAGGCAGUCAUCCCCGGGAGAAGGGCCAGACUACCCCAGACACUGAGGCAGCAGAUGACGUGGGGUCAAAGAGCCAGGAUGUCAGCCUAUGCUUAGAAGAUAUCAUGGAAAAACUCCGUCAUGCCUUCCCCAGUGUGCGAAGCUCCGAUGUGACUGCCGAUACCUUGUUGGCCUCUUGAUGGAGUCAGAUCCCCAUCCUGUAGUCCAUUUCCUUUCCUGAUUCUUGUCAAGGCCUUCCCUCAACUUUUGCCCAACCAUUCCAGUACCCACUGGCCCCAUACUCCUCAACCAGAGCUAUUUGGACCUGGGGCAGCAGCAGGGAUCCAGUGGUGUGUGAGAUGUGGUGGGGAUGGGGGAGGACAGGUGUGCUUCCUCUAGAAAUGUUCCGGUUAAUCCAUUAGAGCGAGGCUAUCCCUCAUGCUAUCCUGCUGUUGCAGCCCAGGCAAAGGCAAAUUGCACUUGUCGUCCAGAUGAAGAGCAGAGAAUGACCUUGCAGAGCUAAGCAAUGCCCACUGGUCCCUUUCCCUUCUCUGUGGAAUCAUGGGGGGGAAAGUCUAAUGGCCUCAGGGUGUCUGCAUUCCGGAAACCCGGAGGGGUUAGUUCUACUCCCUGGCCCGAUCGAAAGAGGCAAACGGGUAUCCCUGAGACACCCCUUCAGAGUGCCCCUUAGGGAAAUCUGGGCCGUGUAUGUCCUGUUACUUCAGUUACAGAGCAUAGGUCUCACCUUGCAGAUUCUACCUGCAUGUUUCUCACUGCAAUACCUUCAGUUCCUCUCGCCACAGUACCUAUCAGACUUCUCUGAGGGGACAGUUCAUUGUGGACAUGCUUCCACCUUAUAUUUGGAAACACUAAAGAAAUACUUGUAGGUUUAUAUUUCCCCCAUAAUCCUCCUGUUUCCUGAAGAUCUUGCCAUCCCACGAGACUCCUUGAGAGGCUCUGGAGCCCAUCUGAAACCACUCUUUGGUCUUCCAAAUCUGUCCCCACAGAUCCGGGGCAGGAGUGGCAGCCUCUUCAGCAAGGAUGCCUUCCUUGUUCGCUCUCUCCGUGGGUGAGAAAGGAAAAGAAUCCCUCUAUCCUUGGGGAGUGUGAGCCUGCCACUCUCCAAGCUAUAGCCAUUUGGUAGCAUAGGCUGGAUUAGGUGAGGUGGCUCUUUACCCCCGGCUGUUCACUGGAAAGUUACAACUGACCAGCCUGCCUAAAAACCGCUAGACGUGAAUCUGAAAAUGGGCCCCACUCCACCCAUAUAGCACCAACGUCUUCCUGUGCAUAAAACUGUUGCUAACUCUGAAAUGUGAACCCAGUCCUCAAAAUGAACUAACUUUUCCUAGACUGUAUAUACCAUGAUUCCUUUGUCCAGCAACUGUUCAAAAUAGAGUAUGGAGGUGAGAAGAGCUGGGGAACUUGGAACACAGACAGAGCCCACUUAGGCUACUUUCUAGACAAGUGCUUCCUUCCCAGAAUCUUGCAGCUGACUAAAUUUUGAGUUUAUCCAUGCAUUCGUAUCUAUUCUACAUAUCUACCAUCUAUCAGUGCUCCCCAGCCUCACCGCACACAUUAAAUUCUAAUACUUCUUGAAGAAUUAGCGCCCUGCCUUGCUCUCUCUGUUGGCCUCAGUCUCUGGCUGGGAAGCUAGAGCCACCUUGGCUGUGCCUAGGAUGUUUCUCUCCAUUGAUAUUUGAGGUGAGCUGACCUUAAGACCAAAGCAAUGGAAGUCUGUGGCCACAGAGUAAUCGAACAAGAAGAGACAUUCUGUUCUCUUCACUAAUUCCAAGUUUCGUUCCAUGGACACUUGGGAAAUUUUGUUUCUAACUUCUCUAACAAUGAUUCAGGAACCAAAGUAGAGUACAUCCCACCUCUACCCACUCCACACAGAAAAGAAGGAACAAAAGGAGUCUGCUGGCCUAUGCCAGGCUAAGACAGAAUACAUCCCAUGGUCCCCUGAGCUCCUAAGCUCUGGCUCACGCUUAGUUGUCACCAAGGUCAGGAGGGAGUGGGAUGAUUGGUGUUCUCUGGUAUAAACCAAGCCGUGGCCAACAUACGGAACUGCUAGGAACCUGGUCUGAUGUAUUCUGGGGGAGACAGAGCAGGGGCUUGAUUGAAAUCAAGAUUGCAUUCUCCCCAACCACACCACAGGUUCAGGUCCAAUUUCAUGUCUGGAGAUCUCUGGGCUAGAGAUUCUGCUUAUCUGGUGAGCAUUUGGUAAGCAAGCCUCAAACAGAGAGCCAGGUCAUCAUCAGAAGGAGGCGUCAUUGUUGAGGCCUAGAUUGUGGGCAGCAUGCAGAUCAUUUUGCUGUGGAACGGGAGAAUCGGGGACUACCAAGUGUGUGCUUCCCUAGGGCUUAGGAGCACGGAUGCUAUGGGAUAAUCUUUUGUGAGGAGAGCCCUUUCUUUAGCCUCCACCCCACUCGAGAGCUCUUAGGCAGCUGAGGGUCUGUGAGAGUGGCCUUGGACUGGACUUGGGAGAAAAGAUGUUGAUCUUGUUAUGUAGGAUUUGUGCUGGAGGUAGACCGGAGCAGCAGGUCAAGGUUGGAGCCUCACUAAGGGAGUCACUGGCACUUUGCCGUCUUGUGUUUCCCUGCAAUGCCUGAGGUGAGUGUCUUGCUCAAGGGUCCAGUAGCAGUCACUGCUGCAUGUAUAGGCAAUUGUCAUGCAGUGAUGGAAAUGGCCCCUUGGACCGUGUGACUCCACACUGGGGUUGAAUUUAGCAAAAAUGUCUUCUAUGUUUUGGGGUAAGUUGUGUGUUGUAACUCCUAAAGGAGUCAUGUAUGAUGUAUGGCCCUAGCCUGGAAGGUAGCAGAUGAGUUGCUGGGUUAGUAGCCUAAGGAGAACUUUCUGACUGAGGAGAUUCGGAUCAGUGAUGAGGAACGUGUUUACUGGACUGGUUAUCCAAUAGUGUAGGCCAUUUCCUCUGGAUGGAAUUCGAUGGAGAACAACAAGCCAUAGGGCGGACAGUUGUGCUUUUGGCGCCAGCAGGGGAGCCUCACAAUGAUUGGCAAUUGUUCCGGAAGGCUGACUGGCUGGAAGACAUAAGACUGUGGUACACAGUUCCCUGGAGAGUUUUCCACCCAGGGGUGCCCUUCUCUUCAGAAUGCGGAGGAUGGCUCUCGAUGUUUCUCUCAAGGCCUAGAGUGAGGCAGUAUUUCCCUGUGAAGAAACCUGACUGAGCUUUCAGGUGUUUUGUGAACGGGUCUGGCAGACCACAGUCGCUAAAAAGAAACUAAGGGGAAAGGCAGAGGCCAAGCCUAGGAGAUCUUGACCACCAGAUUAGUUUUAAAGACUUCCUUUGUUUCCUGGGCUAUGUGUUUUAAAAGGGUUUGGGAGGUUCCAUGUCCAGCUUCAGGCUAGAGCAUUUUUGAACUCAUAUUUUCAGUGGCAGAGUUGUGGCCUUUGGGGACCAUUUUCUGUCAGUAAUUCCAUCCAAUUUCCCUUGAUACUGUUGACAGAUAACCAGCAAAGUUGCUGCCUUUUUAGGAACAGUCCUGGGAGAGAACCUGGAGGCAUUACCCUAAGGCUGUGGCAAUUUACCUCCUCAUCUGGGUAGCCCAAUCAGUGGGCCUCCCUGUAGAAGCCUGAUACUUGGAACAAAGAAAUACUUCUAACUGUUUAAUGCAUGCGACUGUGUGUGUGUGGGAGGGGGGGACUCAAGGCCAGGGUUCCUUUCCCAGUGUCCAUCUCCUCCUUUGGUUGCAAUAUUUGGAAGUAGACCUGAUGAAUAUCCUUGCUGUUCCCAAGGCAGUACUACAGGCAGACGGAAGUCUGCUGUGCUGUUGUUUCCUGGCUGCAAGAAUGAAUCAAAAGGAUGAAAAUUAGGGAGGGGGGUUGGGGAGGAGGUGUCAAGGAUGGCAUGCAACUGUGUAAAAGUUUGCGAUGAAGGGUUGGGGCUAGGAGCAAAUGGGUUAACUUCAGUUGCCACUCACUGUGGUGCUUUUCCCAUUUUAUCCUUGAAUUCUGCUUUAA